AUGUGGCUGACUCUCUGGCGCACCUUCGGCAUCGUGUUCUUCAUCGCUUUCCUGCCAGCUCCCUAUCUCUUCUCUGUCAAUAACUUCGAAAAACACGGCCACCCAGGUGCUGUUGGCUUCAGUAACGACACCACCCAGGUGCUGUUUGCUUCAGUAACGACGCCACCAAGUAACGCUAAUGUUAACGCUGACGCCAAUGUUAACGCUGACGCCAAUGUCAACGCUGACGCCAAUGUUAACGCUGACGCCAAUGUUAACGCUGACGCCAAUGUUAACGCUGACGCCAAUGUUAACGCUGACGCCAAUGUUAACGCUGACGCCAAUGUCAACACUAACGCCAAUGUUAACGCUGACGCCAAUGCCAACACUAACGCCAAUGUCAACGCUGACGGCAAUGUUAACGCUGACGCCAAUGCCAACACUAACGCCAAUGUUAACGCUGACGCCAAUGUCAACGCUGACGCCAAUGUUAACGCUGACGCCAAUGUCAACGCUGACGCCAAUGUUAACGCUGACGCCAAUGUUAACGCUGACGCGGCGUAA